AUGUUUAAUGAAAUGUUCACUCCUAAGAUUAAGACUGUUGUGGAGACAAGAAUGUCUAGGGGUGGAGUUAAAUUUCUUAAAUUUGAGUUAAAUUACUAAUCUUUAGAUUGA